GUUGCUACGUGACCAUAUGUUAGCUCCUCGCAGAGUUACAUUGAGCUAUUUACACUCAACAAAUGAAAUCAAUAACAAGUUGAUUUCAUCUACUAGUUGUUUCAAAGUUCUGGAAAACAAGACGAAUUUAUCUAAAGAUAUUCUCCAAAUCCCCCCGAUCCACUCCAAAUCACAACCACUAAAUAAGAAAGCGCUACAAACCCAGGAUCAGGAUGUAUGGAAAGACGGUGCAUCCACAUUUAAAUCUCGAAAUGUGUCAGGGAACAAGAAAGUGUGUAGCUUCAUGCUCCAAUGUCCGGAAGUUAGGUCCGAUGUGGUUUCGUUCUCACCUUUAUUUCCUAUUGAAGAUUUUGAUUGUGGUGUACAAGAUAAAAGCCAUGAGGCAAAUAAUAAAUGUGAAAUUUACAAUACUAACGGAAGUCUUAAAUCGUUCAAGAACUUUAUUCAUUAUAACCAUGAAGACACUGUUUGUCCUAAGAAGGAUGAAGCAUGCGUUUUAAAUCAUUUUUGUCAAGACAAUCAGACGUAUAUGCGCGGUGAUUGCUGUGAAACCAGUUCCCUCAAUUUUACACGUAAUAUCUCACAGAGUUAUAAUCAGAAAAACAUUCUUCGAGGUUCUUCGUCUAGUUUGCUUGAGUAUUAUCGCCCUACACAUCAGAGUUCAGUGAGUCUGCCGGAUCUUCAUCAUCUCAGAAGGGUGUACAAAACCGACACUUCUAGUGAAUCUGGUGUGUCAUCUCAAUGUUCGCUGAGGUACAACUGUAGUUGUUUGGCGAAUAAAAAGUCAGGAUUAAAGUCGGUGGAUGGAGAUGAAAAAUGUCAGGAUAGGGGAAUAUAUUGCUGUAACUUCUGUACAGAAAUGUGUGCCGACAAACAUGAUAUUCUUCACCGUCUUUUUGAUCUGCGACUGUUUAGAAGACCUACCUUCGUUUUGUUCAUGGUUUCGAAUUUCUUACUCUACUUCUGGUACAAUGUUACAUAUUUUUUUAUGGGUGUGCGUGCUAUCAAUUAUGGUCUUAGUGAAACACUCGCAGCCCUUUUGUUUUCUGUUCUUGGUGGUGCUAACAUGGUUGGUGAGGUUUUAGCUGGAUUUUUGGCUGAUCGUGAUGGCGUCGAUUCUCUGACUCUAUAUUUCUUCAUGAUUCUUGCGUGUGGUGUGUCAACGUGUUUGAUGCCGUUACUUACUACAUUUAUGUCCAUGGCAGUUUAUUCUAGCGUGUUUGGUAUGGGAUUGGCCGCUAAUGAUGCUCUGUGCACUGUUCUGUUGGUAGAAUUUGUUGGACUCCAUCGCCUUACCAAUGGUCUUGGAAUUUGUUUUUUUUGUCAGGGUGUCGCCAAUAUUUUGGGACCGCCUGUUAUUGGUUAUAUAAUUGAUCUAACUCAGUCACAUGAUCCAGCCUUCAUUAUUUCUGGUUUGGGUAUGGUUUUGGCAGCAUUUUCAGUUGUUCCCAUUAUUAUACAGCAUUUUCGAAGAAGGCGUGCUCGCCGAUUACGUCGUUUACAACAAAAUUGUUCUGAAAUUGUAUUAGAAGCUCAAACGUAA